GUAUUAAUAUAAAAUCGUAUCAAAAUCAAAACGGUUCUCUUUUAAUAAAGGAUCAAACAAAAUAUGCAAUACGUACAUACGUAUAUAUAUAUAUAUAUUCGUUCGUAAUUUAGUUGACACAUGUUCUUUAGUAUGACCAAGACAAAUCGAAACUUCACCCUUGACUAUUAUUCUUAUUAAUAUUUCAAAGGUCUUCAACGAUCUAAGCGAUACUACAGUCACAUUUAUAUACCGUGACACGUCAGCAAUGAAUCACAAUUUAAAAUAACGUUUUGCUUCGUUUUAUGUUAAAUAUUUUUCUUGGUUGUACAUAAGAAUUUCGAGAAUGAACAGAGUUACAAAAUGUUCUUCGUACUAUUCGAGUAUCGUUAAUGGAAACUAUUAAAUUAAUAUCUUUUAAUUAUAGAUUUAAAAAUUGAAUGAAAUUAACAAAAACUAUAGUUGCGUGUGUCUAUUGGAAAAAUUGAUGAAAGCAAAUUAAAUCAUCAUAGUUGUAAAAUCAAUCGUAUAGAAUCUCAGCGAAUCAUUCGAAUAGUACGAAGUAUAGAAGUAACGAAAAAAAAAAAAAAGAAACGAAGCUUCAUCUCGAAAUAGUAAAAAAAACAUAGUCGUAGAUAAAAAAAGAAAGAAAAGAAAAAAAAAAAAAGAAAACAAAAAAGACGUGAGGGAUGCCAAUAGCAGGCGGAACUCCGUCACAUUUCUUGCCUUUACAGAGACAGGAGAAAAAGAGAGAGAAAGAGAGAGAGAAAGAGAGUGAGAGGGGGGAGAGAGAGAGAGAGAGCAGGAAUAUAACAAGGGAAGAGACUACUACAGGGGAUGAGGAUGACGAUAUCAGUGUGUUCCCAAUAAUAAGAAGAAGAAAAUAAACAGAGGAAUAAUAUUUCGUAAAAAUUUAUCCAGUGAUAAUUAUCAAGAAAGAACAAAAUAUAUCUAAAGACUGAUUUCCUAAAAAAAGGUCGAUCAAAAGUGAACGGCUAAAGAUGUAUGCAGCAGCAGGUGGUGCGAGUAUAGCGAAUAGGAGGAAGCAGAAACGUUUGCAGUUGUACAAACGUGGUGCCGAAGGUGGCCGACUGGGGGAGAAUGUAUUAGGAACGGCAGAAAGGGGCAAAAUCAUUUCGAAGCAAACAAGGAGAACAGGAUCAACAACGGGAACGUUGAUGACGAACAAGUUCGCUCGUCAGCAUCAGCAUCAGCACCACCACCACUACCACCACCACCAUCAUCAUCAACACCACCAUCACCACCACCAACAUCAACACCAACACCAACACCACGUUGUCCCAUCAUCCUUCGCAGCACAAGUUGCACCACAAUCAUCCCAAUUCCAUACGGGCAUCGAUCGACAACAGCUUUCACGAGUCGAGAAGUACCAACAACAACUAGCACCUGUCUCGCCCAUUCAAUUCCCCAUAUCGCCGCCACCGCUCUCACUGGAAUCAUCAGUUUCGGUCACCUACGCCACUAGCAAGCCUAACAGCUUCCCUUUUCCGCCACCCUCGAUCCUCGAUCUAAGAAUCUCGCCUACUUCCACGUCGGAUCUACAGUGUCAGGGAGCUGGAAAGGUAGCAUGGCAGGGAUGCACCAGAUCAUCCCCUCUUCCUUUAUUUCCUAAUUUACCACAUGGGUGUCGCGGCGGCGAUGGCUACAAAACGAAACAAUGCGAGGCUCAUCGAAGAUGGAUGAAGAGGAACAGGAUACGAGAUGCCAGUUAUUGUUAUGGGAGUAGCGGAGAGGACGACGACGAUGAUAUAAGCGGUAGCGUUAAUCGUCGUAGAGCCGAAGUUAAUGCAGCAGUAAACACCGUACUUUAUGCCGGACUUGGUGCCACAGCUCUCGGCCUAGUGAUUUCGUUCGUUGGUACCGGUGAGAAAGGAUUUCUCAGUCCUGAGCUGAAAUUAAUUGGACCCUCGUUACUGUGCGCUGGUCUACUUUGCUGCCUGUUUCGUGUAUUGCUUUGUCUUUGCCUGUGCCGUUGCGGCGAAUGCCGUUGGUGCCUUUGUAAGCAGUCCCGUAACAAGAAAGAAAAGGAAAAGCAGAAGACGGAAACACGUCCAUCCGGUCCAAUGCAGACAGCCUCGCUUUUAUCACCAGUGCCACAGCAACCAGCCACACACUCGUCUUGCCAAGUGUCGUCGUCAGCAAAGGGACAUGAACUCUUACUCUCUCCUGCCCAAUUACCUGAAUGAAAAUAUGAUUUCAAACGUUUUCUACCGAAUUCUACAUGCCGAUCUACUGCCGAUUCUGUCCAAAGAAGAGGAAAGAAGAUAUGGAAAGGAAAGAAAGAAAGAAAGGAAGAAAGAAGAAAAAGAAAAAGGAAGAAAAAGAAAAAUAUUAAAUAGCAUAUCUCGAUAUUAUUCGGUUUGACUUAAGUCACAAAAUAUAUCAUAAAGGAUAAUUCUAGUUAAAUGGAAGUUAGUGCUCACAGUGAGGAUAAUAAAUGAUCGGCUACGUUUUUUCUACCCUUCCGGUGUUUGAUGAAGUAAACGAACGUUUGUUGAUAAA